AUGACGUCAGUGCCUCCGCCUCAUCGGUAUCCUCGUCAGGUUCAUCAUCCCGGUGGGUUCGCCGUCUCCAUGAAUCGAUUCUCACAGACCUCCAAGAUUCAGACGAGCUUGAGGGCCCAGGUGAGGAUCACGAUGCAGAGGAGAGCGAAGAUCUGGGAGCACAGCCAGCCCGGGGAUUACCGAGCAGCCAGCCCGCUUGCGAUCCCUGUCUCUUUUUUUUUAGCCGGAGGGGUUGUACCAAAGGGUCUGCAUGCCACUACUGCCACUUGGACCACCCGCACUUCCAGCGUGCGGCCCGCCGACCUCGACGUCAG